AUGAUUUCAGAAGAGGUGGAGGGAGUUUUAACCCUUUGGGCCAGUCUCACAAAGUGCAGGUACUCUUACAGUCUUCAAGAUCUGUUCGGGUUAGCACGCUUUAAAGAUACAAAGAUACAAACUAAGCAAUUUGUUUUUUAUCAUGACAACCUUUCAGGAAACAAGAUGAUGGAGUUGCAGAGAUGAAGCUCAUCUUUGACCCUGACCUUCCUGAACAGUUUGCUAGCUUUUCUGAUGGUAGGUCAACCGCAUGCAAAGUCCAUUUAGGUUUUUUCACAAAUCCCAAUGAAACAGUGAUUUAAUCACAGUAUAAAGAAUAAAAAUACACCUGAUAUUAUGCAUAUAUAUUGGACAAAACCUCUCUCAGAUGCUUAUUUGUACUUAUGUUUUGCAGUAGAAUACGGCGAGAUGCCCCUUCCUCCUCCUCCUCCUCCUCCUGCUUCUCCAUCUGAAAAUCCUUAUGAACCUAACCUGGAGGAUGAAUAUUACUGA